AUGUUUGUGUGCGUGUGUCUGAGUCUGAUCUACCGGACCGAUCUCGCCCGUUUGUUACGGAUCAGACCCGCCGAGGAGGAGCGCGACAUGGCGGCGGUGGCUGCUGCUGCGGCGGCGGCCCCCCCAAACCCAAACCCAAACCCGAACCCGAACCCGAACCCGAGCCCGAGCCCGACAGCAAACCAGAGCCGGAGCUCAGGCGCUGGCAGCGGGGAGGAGGCGCACCGGGCCGCGGCGGCUUUGCAGAGCGACGGUGAGGCGGAGGAGGCCGAGCAGUUCUCGUCGGGAGCGCACUGCUCCGAGCUCGCCCGCCGGCAGAACGAGCAAAGGAAGCUCGGGCUCUUCUGCGACGUGACUCUGGCGUUCAGCGGCGGCGGAGCGGCCGGGCGGGCGGCCGGGGCUGGAGCCGGGGCCGUGGCUGAGGGAGGGUUCGAGCUGGGCGCUCACCGCUCCGUGCUGGCGGCCGCCACUGAUUACUUCACCCCGCUGCUGAGUGGCCAGUUCUCGGAGAGCGUGUCGCGCCGCGUCGAUAUGAAGGAGUGGAGCAGCGAGGCGGGACCCGAGAGAGAGACCGUGGAGAGCGUCAUUCAGUUCAUGUAUACCGGGGAGAUCCGGGUCAGCACAAGCAAUGUCCACGAAGUUCUGGAACUAGCCGACAGGUUCCUCCUGGUGCAGCUGAAGGAGUUCUGCGGCGACUUCCUGAAGCGGAAGCUGAGCCUGGCGAACUGCGUGGCGGUCCACAGCCUGGCGCACAUGUACACGCUGGACCAGCUGGCGUUACGCGCGGCAGAGAUGAUCCGCCGCAACUUCCACAGGGUGAUCCAGGACGAGGAGUUCUACACGCUGCCGUUCCACCUGGUCCGCGACUGGCUGAGCGACACCGAGAUCACGGUGGACUCGGAGGAGGUCCUGUUCGACGCCGUGGUGAAGUGGGUGCACCGCUCCACCGAGGAGCGCGAGAAGCAUUUCGAGGAGCUUUUCCGGCUCCUCCGGCUGCCUCAGAUAAAGCCCACGUACCUGACCAGGGUGGUGAAGAACGAGCACCUGGUGGCGCGGAACGAAGCCUGUCUGAAGCUCGUCUCGGACGCCGUGGAGAGUCACGCCAUACGAUUCGAGAACCACAAGAAGUCUGUCUCGGAUUCUGAGUUCUGGGUGGCCUUUCAGCCCCGAUUCGGACAGAACAUGGACGUCAUUAUGGUGGUGGGCGGAGUCUCGGAGGGCGGAGACUACUUGAGCGAAUGCGUCGGGUAUUUCGUGUACGAAGACCGCUGGGUGAACCUCCCGCACAUUCAUAAUCAUCUGGACGGCCACGCCAUCGCGGUUACCGAUUCGUACGUCUACGUGGCCGGAUCCAUGGAGCCCGGGUUCGCCAAGACCGUGGAGAGGUACAACCCGAAUCGUAACACCUGGGAGCAGGUGAGCAAUCUAACCACGCGGAAGCAUUCGUUCGGACUCACGUGUGUUAAAAACAUCCUGUACAGCAUCGGAGGGCACGGGAAUUUCAGUCCGGGAUUUAAGGACGUCAGCGUGUACGAACCGGAGCAGGACAAGUGGCACAACUUAGAAUCGGCGCCCAAAAUCUUACGAGACGUGAAGGCGAUUAGCGUCGAGGAUCGUUACGUGUACGUGACCGCGAGGACGCCGGUGGACACGGACAACGACGACGGGCUCAAAACAGUGACGACUCGUUACGACACCGAGAGCCGGCAGUGGCAGGAAGUGGAUUCUUUGCCCCUGAUUGAUAAUUACUGUCUGUUCCAGAUGGCCGUGUCGACCUCAAACUUCUACCACACGGCGUCCUGCUGCCCGAGGAGCUACGGCAACAUCCGGGACGAGGCGGCGCGCCAGAAGAUCAGCGCCAGGAUCUCGGACGAAAUCCUGGAGAGCCUGCCGCCGGAGGUGACCAGCGUGGAGGGCGCCGCCGUGUGCUUCCUCGGCGACGACGUGUUCGUCAUCGGCGGCUGGAAGAACAGCGACGACGUGGACAAGCAGUACAGGAAGGAGGCGUACCGCUACUGCGCCGAGAGGAAGCGCUGGAUGCUGCUCCCCCCCAUGCCGCAGCCGCGCUGCCGGGCCACGGCCUGCCACGUCCGGAUCCCUUAUCGCUUCUUGUACGGGUGCCAGAGGUACCCCAUGCCGCAGAAUUUAGCCAGACAGCGGGACAGGAUGCAGCAGAUGCAGCAGCUGCACCGGCGCACUCUCACCCUCCGCAGGCAGCUGCAGUCGCAGAUCGAAUGCUGAAAACGGUCUUGAUGUUCAGAGCGUCUCGGGACCAAGUCUGCAAACGUCUAGUAAUUCUCCAGUCCACCAGGGGGCGAUAGUGAUCUGUGAAUAAUGUUAUUAACCAAGCAUUGUGAAUACCAUUAACAUUCCCUGUUUAUUUCGUAUUUAUCGUAAAUGCUUUUUACCAGCU